CUCAGACGGUCAUUGUCUCUGAGAGCUGAAAUGGCACAGAAAGGAAUUCAGCUGGAUAAGGAAACUUUCUCUUGUUCCAUCUGUCUGGAUCUACUGAAGGAUCCGGUGACUGUUUCCUGUGGACACAGCUACUGCAUGAAGUGUCUUCAAACCCACUGGAAUACAGAGGAUGAGAAGAAACUCUACAGCUGCCCUCAGUGCAGGCAGACCUUCAGACCGAGGCCUGUCCUGCUGAAAAACACCAUGUUAGCAGUUUUAGUGGAGGAGCUGAAGAAGAGCGGACUCCAAGCUGCUCCUGCUGAUCACUGCUAUGCUGGAGCUGAAGAUGUGGCCUGUGAUUUCUGCACCGGGAGGAAACUGAGAGCCCAGAAGUCCUGUCUGCAAUGUCUGGCCUCUUACUGUCAAAAUCACCUUCAGCCUCAUUUUCAAGCAGCUCAUUUAAAGAAACACAAGCUGGUGGAGCCGUCCAAGAAGCUCCAGGAGAACGUCUGCUCUCAUCUCGAUCAGCAUAAAGGCCAUGACACGGUCUCAGAUGCAGCAGAGAGGGCCGAGAGGCAGAGAGAGCUGGAGGUGAGUCGACAAAACAUCCAGCAGAGAAUCCAGGACAGAGAGAAAGAUGUGAAGCUGCUUCAACAGGAAGCAGAGGCCAUCAAUCGCGCUGCUGAUAAAGCAGUGGAGGACAGCCAGAAGAUCUUCACCCAGCUGAUCCAUCUAAUGGAGGAACAACGCUCCGAUGUGACCCAGCAGGUCCGAUCCCAGCAGGAAAGCCAAGUGAGUCAAGUCAAAGAGCUGGAGGAGAAGCUGAGGCAGGAGAUCGCUGAGCUGAAGAGGAAAGACGGCGAGCUGCAGAUGCUGUCACAAACACAGGAUCACAACCAGUUUCUAUAUGACUACCCCUCACUGUCAGCACUCAGACAACCUACACGCUCAUCCAGCAUCCAUAUCCGUCCCCUGAGGUACUUUGAAGACGUGACAGCGGCUGUGUCAGCAGUCAGAGAUAAACUACAGGACGUCCUGACAGAGACAUGGACAAACAUCUCACUCACAGGGACUGAAGUAGAUGUUUUACUGCCACAACCAGAGCCCAAGACCAGAGAGGAGUUCAUCAGAUAUUCAUGUGACAUCACACUGGAUCCAAACACAGCACAAAAACGUCUGUUAUUAUCUGAUAGGAGCAGAAAAGUUACAUGGACCAGACAUCAACAGUCCUAUACUAGUCACCCACACAGAUUCACUGAAUGGCCUCAGGUCCUGAGUCGAGAGAGUCUGACUGGACGUUGUUACUGGGAGGUGGAGUGGAGAGGAAAUGUUUAUGUAGCAGUUGCAUACAAAAAUAUCAGCAGAACAGGGAACUGUGGAUUUGGAUACAAUGACAAAUCUUGGGCGUUAGAAUGUCAUGGUUAUAACUUUUGGUACAACAACGUCCUGACCCAUGUCUCUGGUCCUCGGUCCUCCAGAGUGGGAGUGUACUUGGAUCACAGAGCAGGUAUUCUGUCCUUCUACAGCAUCUCUGAAACCAUGACUCUCCUCCACAGAGUCCACACCACAUUCACUCAGCCUCUACAUGCUGGAGUUGGGAUUUAUUCUGAUUCCACUGCUGAGAUGUGUAAGCUGAAGUAGACAGAAGUCAUUUAAAUGAAAAGUGGGCUAACUUCUGUGUUUGAAUCCUUCAGCUUGAUUUUUCUUCAUGUUUGUUGCUGAGAGCUGAUUGGACCUCAUUCAACAACCAAACAGAUUUAGAAAUAACACGACAUCUUCAAUGGCUCUCAUGGAAUUUUGUAGAGGAAAUAACAUCAGACACUACACAAAAAUAAUAUGCUGCAUGAAUCUGACACAGUAGGUCAUCAAUUAUUAAUAAUAAAAUGUCAGAAAUAUGGAAUAAGAGCAGUAGCACUCACUUGGCUGGUUGCUCACUUAGUCCAUUGGAAUUCAAUAUGUUCAUAUCAAUCAAGUUCAUUCAGAACUGCUGCAGGUUCAGUGCUGGGGCCAUUAUGCUUCAUUUUGUAAAUAUUAUAUGUUAAUGAUAUUUGUAAAUGUUCUGUCUACUGACACGACUUCUAUUUGCUCAUGAUACAGAACAGUGAGAAAAAAAAUAUAAAAACCUUUGGAUAUCAUUGUAGAUGAACUCAAGAAACUCAAUAAUUGGCUUGAUUCAAAUAAACUAUCACUGAACCUAUGCCUUAUUUGUAUUUUUUAUUAUUGUAACUAUUCUUUGCUUGAAUAUCACCUUGUGUAUUUUAAAUUUC